AUGGAUUAUAAUGAAGCAGUUAAAGUUCUAACCAAUCUAUCUUUGGAUAAUUUUAAGGUCCCUGGUGAGGGUGGAUUUCCAUUAAAUAAUAUAUAUUCUGUCCCUUUACAAGAUAGAAAUGCUAUGGAACUAUUAAGAUCGUAUUUACAACAAUUUCGUCAAGAAUUGAGUAUGAGAUUGCUACAAAGAGUUUAUUGGGACAGUAAUUUGCAACAAGUUAAAACUGGAGCUGGCAACUAUCCUAGCAAGUUUUGGUUGGCAUUUACCAGGAGGAAAUUCAUGAACAAAAGUUUAUAA